GAGAGCCGGGGGGGCGUGGCUUUGGGGAUGCAACACUAGAGAAAGGCCUCGCAGCCGGAUCCCGAGAAUUCUUACUCUCGAGCAAGUGAAUAAAAGUGUCUUUCUGUAGUUAGAGACAACCCACGAAGAAGGAGAUGGAAGAGGAGGAACCAGAAUGUCCUGGAACUGCAAAGAGAUCGAGGACAGGUCCUCAUCCCAUCCAAGCAGGGAGUGGUGUUGAAUUCUGGGAAAAAGCUGUGCCGGAGACCUUGGCUCAGGACAUUAUGACUGCAGAAGAGCGCAGACAAUGCUUCCGGCAGUUCUGUUACCAGGAGGCCGAUGGGCCCCGGGAGGUUUGCAAGCGGCUCCAUGGACUUUGCAACCACUGGCUGAAGCCGGAGAGACAUACCAAGAAGCAGAUCCUGGACCUGGUGAUCCUGGAGCAGUUCCUGACUGUCCUGCCUCAGGAUAUGCAGAGCUGGGUCAGAGGAUGGGGGCCGGAGACUAGUUCCCAGGCGGUGGUCCUAGCCGAAGGUUUCCUCCUGAGUCAGGCAGAGGAGGAGAGGCAGGCAGAGCAGAUGUGGAGACAAUCCGCGAAGAUGGACUCAAAGUUCUCUGAGGAAGAAGGAGGUCCUCCAUCAGAAAAAGGUCAGAGGGCACAGGCCCAGGAACAUGCCCAAGAUGCCCUCUCAAGUGCAGCAGAUGUUGAGGAGACAGCUGGGGAAUUCCAGGGUUUAUCUUUGGAAAAAGCCACGAUUGAAGAUGCUGAAGGAAACUUGGGAGAUGGAGAUGGACCACAGAGGCAGGAGGGAAGGCAUGCAGCCAGGAAUCAGGAGAAUGAGGAAUUGCAUCCUCCAUCGGCAGAUAAAGUCAAGAAUGAAGGCUUGAGGGGAAGCUUCCGGAAUCAAGGUGGAUCUAGGAGGCAGAAGAGAAGCCACAUGGUCAAGAAGAAGGAUAGACCCAUUCCUUGCCAAGGGGGGGAUUUCAAAGAAGCCAUUUACAUGGUGAAGGAAACAUGCAAGUGCUUGGUGUGUGAAGUGGACUUCUCAGAUAAAUCCAUAUGUAAUGAGCACUUACAAAUGCACAGUGGGAAGGAGAUCCAUCAAUGGCUGGAGUGUGGAAAGACCGUGAUUCACAGAGCAGAGCUCCUUAGAGAUCGAAGGACAUCUAUAGGAGAGAAACUUUGUAACUGCUCAAACUGUGGGAAGAACUUCUCAGAUAAAUCAGAUCUUGUUCAACACCAAAGAAUUCACUCAGGAGAGGAACUAUUUAUUUGCUCGGAGACAGGAAUGGCGACCUCUAAGGGAGGAAAAGAUAAUGUACAUUUUCCAAAGCAGAGUAUAAUGAAGGCAUGGAAAUGCUUUCGGUGCAGAAAGUACUUCAGACACAGAUCACAGCUUCUUGUGCACCAAAAAACCCACAGAUGGGAGAAGCCUUUUGAAUGCUCAGAGUAUGGGAAGAGAUCUAGUCACAGUAGCCAUUUUCAAACUCACAUGAGAACCCACACAGGAGAGAAGCCGUUUCAAUGCUCAGAGUGUGGGAAGAGAUUUAGUCGGAAUGGCAGUCUUCAAAAUCAUCUAAGAACCCACACAGGGAAGAAGCCUUUUGAAUGUUCAGAAUGUGGGAAGAGAUUUAGUCACAGUAGCCAUUUUCAGACUCAUUUGAGAACCCACACAGGGGAGAAGCCUUUUGAAUGCUCAGAGUGUGGGAAGAGAUUCAGUCAGAAUGGCAGCCUUCAAAGUCAUCUAAGAACCCACACAGGGAAGAAGCCUUUUGAAUGUUCAGAAUGUGGGAAGAGAUAUAAUCACAGUAGCACUCUUCAGGAACAUCUAAGAACCCACACAGGGGAGAAGCCUUUUCAAUGUUCAGAGUGUGGGAAGACAUUCAGUCAGAGUGGUUGUCUUCAUAAACAUCUAAGAACCCACACAGGGGAGAAGCCUUUUGAGUGCCCAGAGUGUGGGAAGAGAUUCAGUCUGAAUGGCAUUCUUAAAAAACAUCUAAGAACCCACACAGGGGAGAAGCCUUUUGAAUGUUCAGAAUGUGGGAAGAGAUUCAGCCAGAGUGGCAAUCUUCAAGAACAUCUAAGAACCCACACAGGGGAGAAGCCUUUGGAAUGCUCAGAAUGUGGGAAGAGAUUCAGUCACAGUAGCCGUUUUGAAACUCAUUUGAGAACCCACACAGGGGAGAAGCCUUUUGAAUGCUUAGAGUGUGGGAAGAGAUUCAUUCAGAGUGGCCAUCUUCAAAGACAUCUAAGAACCCACACAGGGAAGAAGCCUUUUGAAUGCUCAGAAUGUGGGAAGAGAUUCAGUCAGAAUGGCACUCUUCAAAAACAUCUAAGAACUCACACAGGGGAGAAGCCUUUUGAAUGUUCAGAAUGUGGGAAGAGAUUCAGUCAGAAUGGCAAUCUUCAAAGUCAUCUAAGAACCCACACAGGGGAGAAGCCUUUUGAAUGCUCAGAGUGUGGGAAGAGAUUCAGUCUGAAUGGCAAUCUUCAAAAACAUCUGAGAACCCACACAGGGGGAGAUUCCUUGUCGUUUUAAACAGUUUAUUAGGGUUAUAGGAUCACAGAAAGUAAGGGAAGUAGAUGGGGAUAGGGUAACAGAAAGAAAAAAAAGCAUACAAAUUAUAAAUAAAACCUGACAUAUUUCUCCAAUUGUUAGCUAAGAGACCUCUUUUUUCGGUUUUAGAAUAACAAACUCUGAAUCAUAGUACAGUUCAUCUUAUCUCAGCUUCAAGACAUUGUUGGUAAGAUCUUCGAGCCGCAUAUAAAAAGGUGACCAUAUUUCUUUUAAAUUUUUUUAACUGUCUUCUGACAUUAAGUCUGUAAGAACGUCCAUCUCUGCUAUCUCCAAGAAUUUCACUAUUAGCUCUGCUUUUGUUGGUAUAUCAGUCUUCUUUCAGACCUUUGCAUACUGUAUUCUUGUUGUGGUUACUAUGUGUAUAUAUAUACAUUUUUCAGACAUGUAAAUCCUUUACAUCUGGCAUUAUGUUCAAUAAAAAGAAUUCAGGUUUAAAA